AUGGCUCGAGGAAAAGGUCGAGGUAGCGAAGGUCGUGUAGGAAAGUCCUCACUUAGGGGUGAUUCUGCUCGUCAUGCAAACAUGCCUACCAUUCCUAUUCCCACCACAGUUGGUCCUCAACAAGGUACGCCACCGGUUCAAGCAUCAGAUCAUGGUAGUAACCCAACCAUACCUGAAUUAUCUCCCAUUACACCUGAUCUGAGCAACCCAAUAGAUGAGGGUACAUCAAACCAGAGCAACACUAUAAGCGAAAAAGAGUCCAGUUGUUAUGUCCCGUUGGAACCUUCUAAAGAAUGCUCUAAUACCAUAUCCGCAUCUUUCAAAAAUCAACUUGAUCCCAAUGGAAUCAAUUGGAAAGGUGUCUCAGAAGAUACUAGAGAUUUUUAUUUUGGGGAAUUCAAGGUUGUUGCAAAGGGUCGAGAUCCAACACCAGGUGAGGUACAUUUGCACGUCCAUACACAUGAUCAUGAUGGAGAAUAUGUUGUUGAUGAGCGUGCCCGAGCUGUCCAUGAAAUAUAUCAAGAAAUAUUACGGGAAAAAUCACAGUCUCAGUUUGAUAUUGAUCAAUGUGAAGCAUAUUACGAAGCUGCUGGGGGAACAAGGAUGAGAAGAAUAUAUGGUCUUGGAUCUCAAGCACAAAGUUAUUAUGGGCCGAAUCUUUGCGUCAAUUCUGGCUUUAAUGCUUCAGCAUCAGCACCACCUUCAACUUCUCAAUCAGCACCGACAGAAAAUAUGGAGGAGUUAGUGAUGCGAUUGAUUCCUACACUGACUGAAUGCUUGCUUCCUUUAUUUAUUGAGAAGGCACGCGGAGUGAUUUCUUCACCAUCACAUCAUCCAAAUACUCCUAUUGAAAAUCCAUCAGUUGUUACACCCAUAGUGCCUCCUACUACUACUGCUAACGUUGACAAUGUUGAUCCUUUAGUUUCUGAUGAUGAUCGUAGUCCUUCACCCAUGCAUUAGUUUUUUAUGUUAUCUAUUUUUUUUGUUGGAAACAACAAAAUUAUGCACUAACAAUACUUGACGGAUGUGGGUUCUUUUGGUAGUUGAUAGCUUGGCCUUGUCGGUGUUUUGGACUUAACGAUGAGGAUUUCGAUAUCUAUUUUGAAUCUUUUUUGUAAA